UACACCCUGUGUAGGCUUGUUAUGUCUAUAAACAGUAUGACUUUAACAUGAAUAGUUAUGUCACUAUUCAUUCAUUCUCAUUAAACAUGACACUGUUUCCAAACACAGAAGAAUUCCUGGGGAAGUGACUAAGAUCCACGCGCCUAUUGUAAAGAUGGCGUUUAUUAAAGAGGAAAGUGAAGACAUGAAGAUUGAAGUGUUUACUGUGAAACAAGAAGAUACUGAGGAACAAACAGACCUGAUUUCACCUAAAGAAGAGAGUGAAGAAUUGAAUGAAAUGGAAGAGGAAGACCAGAAAAAACAUAAUUUCUUGAGUGGAGAAAAAUCUACACAGACUGAUAAGAUUUCCUCACUAAAAAAGUUUAAGAUGACCAAAUCUGAACAUUCUUUUAUCUGCCCACAAUGUGGAAAACGUUUCACUCAAAAAGCAAACCUUAAAGUCCACAUUAGAAGUCACACUGGAGAGAAGCCUUUCACCUGCAAACUGUGUGGAAGAAGUUUCUCACGAAAAGAAAGUCUUAAGAUUCACAUGACAAUUCACACUGGAGAGAAACCGUUUUUAUGUGGUCAGUGUGGAAAGAGUUUCAGAUGUAAAGAAAUCCUUAAUUCCCACAUGAGGGUCCACUCAGAAGAGGCCCACUUUAAAUGUCAUCAGUGUGGAAGGAGAUUCCGGUUCAAAAAAAACCUUAAUACUCACAUGAGAGUUCACUCUGGAGAGAAGCCUUACUCAUGCCAUCACUGUGGAAAGCGUUUUGUUCAUAAAGUAAGCCACAAGAAUCACAUGAAGAUUCACACUGAAGAGAAGCCAUUCGUGUGUGCUCAGUGUGGAGCAAGUUUCAAGUAUAAAGCAACCCUUAAUGCCCACAUGAGAGAUCACACUGGAGAGAAUCCAUUCACCUGCAAACUGUGUGGGAAGAGCUUCUCGCAUAAAGGAAAUCUUAAGACUCACAUGAGAAUUCACACCGGAGAGCAGCCGUUCACGUGCGAACAGUGCGGCAAGAGUUUCAGACGUAAAGAAACCCUCGAUUCCCACAUGAGAGUUCACACUGGAGAGAGUCCUUACACCUGCAAAGUGUGCGGGAAUGGCUUCUCUCGAAAGGGUAAUCUUAAUACUCACAUGAAAAUUCACACCGGCGAGAAGCCGUUCAUCUGUGAUCAGUGUGGAAAGACAUUUGGACGUAAAGAAACGCUUAAUUACCACAUGAGGAUUCAUUUAAGAGAGAACAGUUUAACGUGUCACGAGUGUGGAAAGACUUUCACGGACAGUAAUCACCUUAAAAAGCAUGUAGUAAUUCACAUCGGGGACAAGCCUUUCAUGUGCCAUUUUUGUGGAAAGACUUGUAAAAGUAAAUCAAACCUUGAGAAUCACAUAAAAGUUCACACUGGAGAAAAGCCGUUCACCUGCCAAGAGUGUGGAAAAGGUUUCACAGUUAAAGGAAACCUUCAAAUUCAUAUGAGAGUUCACACUGGAGAGAAGCCUUACAAGUGUCUUCAGUGUGGAAAGAGUUUUACUUAUCCGAAAGACCUGAAACGUCAUAUGCAAAUCAAAUGUGAAAAUAAUACUGCAGUAUUCUGAGUGUAAUAAGCGGUUUACAAAGUGGAACUUUCUUCAGAAAUCACCUGCACAUUCCCCCCAGAGGAUUUAAUUAGGAUUAGUGUAAAAAAAAAUAAUCACACUUACAGAUACACCUAUGUUAACCUGGCACUUUAUUUUUGUUCUUUGUGCAAAAAGGGUUUUAAGGGGAACCCUGGGCAUUAAGACUUAUAUGGCUUAAUAAAACUUAAAAGAUGUCUCUUACUGAAGCAUAGUAGAAAACCCAUGAAACAUUAACGUUAUUUAAAAAAUCCACAUCGUUUAUACAUAUUUUGGACUAUGGGGAGAGCAAAUAUGACGUGAAAUGGUUGUACUCAGUGAGUUACUGACACUACCUGUUGCUAAUUUUACUGCAACACGAUUCGAAAUACACAAUUGAAAAUAAAAUAGUGAUGCAAUGACCACAGCUACUGAAUGUGCUUACUGGUGGCGAUGGACCUAAGUGCAGGUUUAAGCCAAAUGUUGUACUAUCAAUUUUCCCCAUAAGGAGUCUAAGGGUGCUUUCACACCUGUAGACAGGGAUUAAAAUUAUUACAGUGUUGCUUUUUAUUGUUGGUGUGGUUUGUUUUAUGGACCAAAUGUGUUAAUACAAGUUAUGCACGAGUAAACUGUCUUCUCAUUGGUCAAAGUUCUACAGUUUAUUUUCUGGGAUUCUGCUCAGCUGUCAUCUGUCAGGAUGGAACAACAACAGCUUUGCGGGCUUAUUGUUGCAUUUUUUGUAGCUGUCGUUAUAUUAAUUUAUAACUUUCCAGAGUCCAGGAAAUUUAUAAGAGUCCAGGAUAUGUUGGAAAAACUACAAAGAGAGCAAUAAGACGGCAUUCUAAAAUGAAAAUGCGCGCUUUGAUUUUGAAUGGCGAAGACGUGCCCACACAUACAGGUUCAUUUUAAGCGGUAUUAGCAAAACAACAAAGCUACUGCUGUUCACAGAACUGUAAUUACCCAUUAUACAUUGUGAUAUAGUCUGGUACAACCGAAUCGCUCCAGAGUUUGUUUUCAAUCAAGCCGAGGCCAGCUCGAUCAGGCGAUCUCGGACUGAUUGUUUUGGCGCGGAUCCCAGCAUGAUUGCUAUGUUCACAUAUGCCCAAAUGAACCAAGCUAAGGGGGGAAACAAGCCAGGUUCUGAAACAAAGUGCCAGGUGUGAAAGCGCCCUAAGUGUCCCCACACUGUAAAAAAUAAAAAACACAAUUUGCUGAGUCAGCUUAAAAUCAUUUGUUACCCUGCUGCCUUAAAAUUUUAAGUUCAGUCAACUAAAAAAAGUUUAAUCAACUUGAAAUGUUAAGUUGUACUAAGUAACAACUUAGAUAUUUGUGUUUGCUAAACUUAACAGAUGGGUAAGUAACCCAGCUGCCUUAAAAUUUUAAGUUGAUUCAACUCAAAUAUCUAAGUUGUCACUUAGUAUAAUUUAACAUUUCAAGUUGAAUAAACUUUUUUUUUUGAGUUGACCGAACUUAAAAUUUUAGGCAGCCAGGUUACAAAUUAUUUUAAGUUGACUCAACAAAUUGUUUUUUACAGUGCAGAUAUCGAGUGAAAUCUGCGCUGAGAAACUCCUUUAGUGGCUGCAAUGCCAUGACAAGCGUCGGCAUGUUUAAAUCCUGCUAGGAUGGCAUCUCGCAUUUUUUGUGUCUGCCAUUUAUAAGCUCUUUCAGUAGCUGUGCUCUACUAAAAGCCUCAAAGGCAUCAGGGCUAAAGUGGAGAGAAGAAAGACAAGUUUUUAAGGAAGUUUUAUUCAUCCCCAUCUUCCCAUUCUUUUCUCCUCUUCUUAUCGCUAAGAAAAGCACUUACAUCUACAUGUUUCAGUAGGAGACAUCAUUUACGUUAUAUUAAGCCAUACAUGUCGUAAUACCAGGGGUUCCCUUUAAAUUGUUCAUCAAUUUAAAAUGUCACCAGAAAAUAUGUAUAUGUGCACAAUAAAUUUUCAUUGUAUAGAGCGUUUGUUUCCAACCACAUUGCUGGAGCACAUUUGCAUGUCUCCUUAAUCAAAUACUUGCUUCAACUUAUCACAUGCAAAACAUGAAACAUGUCUUGUGUUGCGGGGGUCAAGGAAUGCAGUUUGGUUUAUUUUUGAUUCGGUUGAAUACCUCAAACAAAUAUAAGAUGAGUAACCAUCAAUCUUCUGUGAAAUUCCAUAAUGUAAAUGAACAAUUUUGAAUAAAAAAAG